CUACGAAUUCGCUGUCUAGUUGCUUCUGGCAAUUUAUCGUCGGUUCGAUUUGGUUCUAUCAUCCAUGUUCGCAACAGUAUAAAAAUAUAAGCCAAAAGGCUAAGAUGUGGCUGUAAUAUCAAUGCAAACUUCUUAGCAAAAUUUUCAUUGAAUGAUCAGGUCUUUUCACGCGUCACUAUUAAAAUUUCUCCAUCGGAGCUAACUGUAGUGAAACACGCUCAUCGCAUUUUGUAAGGUUUUGACAAUUCACACGCUUGUCCAUAGUUGGACCUUCUCUAUAAUUUACGUUCUCUGCGCAUACUUUCUUGGAUGAAUUUAACUUGUGAACUUUGUUGUUGCUCUUACAUGUAAUUUUUUUUGACAAGAGACCAGAAGCGAGCAGACAAAUGGCGAAUCGAAGACAGCUAAGAGCAUACAUUCAACUCUUCUGUCAAAGCAAAUGUCUGACGCAAAGCGAAGCAAAAGUUCUAUAUAAAAUAUUCUUAAAAUAACUCAAAAUCACAGUCGAAUUGAAUUAUUUAUAAAUUGGUAAACUAUUUUUAAUAGUUGGAUUUUAGUUUUGAAAAUUAUAACUAAAAAACUAAAUGUGUGAAAAAUCGUGUAUACAAAUAGAACAAUGGCAACAUUGGUGAAAUGAAAACAGAAGAGAAAAACUGAUUUCUGUGUUGCAACUACGGGCACAACUUCUGACAAAUUUGGUUUAAUACGGGCGAUAAGUACGGAAGGAAGGAAUGUCGGUGACUGUUUGUGCUUGAAUUCAGCUGUCAUUAACCCGACUUCAUGCGUGCACCAAUCUCAAAGUAGUAUACACACUAACGAUGCAACAUGACCGUUUGUGCCAUAACAAUUAGGCUGUGUGCCAAACGGUAACAUUUUUCGAUGUGUUGAAAUGGAGUGAAAAAAAUUUCCUAUAGUGUAAAUAAAUUUUAGAUUUUGAUGUUUCAAAUGAAAAGUAAAAUUUUUACAGUUGAACGUGCCAGGCUACUACGACGCUACAUGCAUUCGGUACACAUAUAUCUUCAUAUAUACAAGCAUCUCCUAAUCAACUACAAAAAUAUAUUUAUUUUUUAAUAUUUAAUUCUUAUAUCUUAAUUUUAGUUUGAAAUAUUUCGACUAAACAAUAUAAAUUCAAAAGGAGUCGUAAGCUUAUUUAGAAUAAUUACGAAUUUAUAAAAAUUUUAUAACAUACUUGUUAUGUAUGCAGCGAUUAUAUUAAAUUCGUUUAUUCCUGAAUGCAUAUCUGUAUUCAUAAUUGUAAGUUGUCAAAAUUUUUCCUAGCGCGAGAGCUGGGUAAAAUUCUAACAUUCGGAUUCUUCCCGAAAAUAAUCACAAACACCUUGGAUUAAAAUGCCGUAGUUGGAUUGGUUAAAACAACUGGUAUAAUUUGUUCGAUUCUGCCAUGAUUCAAAUAUAAAAGGUUGUGUCGAUAGGCCAAAAACCAUAAUUAAGAAUUAAAAAAAGAAUUUCUCAAAAUUAAUUGGAUCCAUAAUAUCAAAAUCAGCGUUUAGCUUCGCAUUGUUUUGAUUUUUUGAUUCAAAAAUAAGUUUUUCAACCAAUGUAAGUGCGUUGUUUAAGUGAUAACUGAAUACAAAAUCAUCAAAUUGUAAACAGAAAAUUCAUAAAAAAAAUACAGUUUUUUGACCUUAUGGAUGUGCUGGUACUAAAAUGCUCUGUUUUCAUUUCCCAAAUAAAUUUGGUGCGAAACACGUACAAAGUUCCUGAUGCAUGAUGCCAGCAUACGACUAUCGAAUAUUUUAAUAUUCAUAUGCACUUAUUUUCUUAUCACAUUUAUUUUAUUGGUACAUGGACUUUGAGCAAAAAUUAUUGAAGUUUUAAACAAUAUAAAUAUCCAUUUUUUUCCCCAAAAAAUAUAUACCAUAUGUCAAAAGAUUGAUUUUUGACCUUUCCAUUUCCUGCGUACAUCCUCAUAAGAUUUUGGAACUGUGUAUCUAAAAAGCACAGGCAUGUGCUUCUAUAACUUGAUAAUACCUGCCCAACGCUAUUUCGCAAAAGAUUUUGUGAAUAGUCGGCAAUAGUUAAGGCCGUGCAGUCCAACAAUCGGUUAAGUCGCUGACUACCUACCAAGCCACCUAUCGGUUAAGUCACCGAUAAACUACCCUAUAGCGCUACCAGAGAUGACUUUUUAAGCUUCUUUAAAUUUUUGCAAUUGACAAUUCUAGCCAAAACUCUUGUGUACGUAUAAUCUGACGGUGUGGAUGUGUUGGUUUAGACUCCAAAUCUAUUCAAUGUUUAAACCAUACUGAAACGCCUACUGAAAAAUAUCAUGAGCAAAUCGAAUAUCCGUAGCUUCAUAGUCCAAAAGUACUUAUGAAAAUAUUCAUAUAUUAUACAAAUAUAUACUAAUGGUUAAUAUUUGAAGAAAAAAUAGGUUGAAAGUUCCUUAUAAAAUGCCACAUUUAAUUUUUUAUACGCUAAGAAAUGCAAAUGCAUAACAUUAAAAGAGUUAUCCGUUUAUAUAUUUCCAAAUAUAGUCUGAGUGUAUUGCCCAUAAAUGUUAAGUGGCAUGAAAUGCAACCCUAACGAGUUAGUCAGCCAUCGUACAAACAUAAAACUUAACGAAAUCCGCCCGUAUAGGUGUUCGUUUCUACGUGUUUUCUGACGUAUUGGAAAUUAAGGUUUUUGUUAAAGUGAUAAAUUGUGUACAAAGAAUUCCAAACAUAUUAUCUUUAUAUUUAGUAUAUGUGGAUUUGUGAGUGAUAGUGUUUUAAGUAGGUAUUAGGAAAAAUUUAAGUGUUGAUGCAGGUUAAUCUGUUUAUAACCUUAUAAGUGCUUACACCAUAUUGUCUAAAAGUGCCGAAAUAACAUUUCUUAAAAGUAAAAUAUCAAUUAAUAUAGUAAAAUGGCCGAAGAAGUCGAUCGUAACGAUCCCGAAUUGAAAUAUCUUUCCGUCGAACGGAACCAAUUUAAUGAUCCAGCAACUCAAGCUGAAUGGACACAGAAGCGCCUUGUUUGGGUCCCACAUGAGAACCAGGGAUUCGUAGCUGCGAGCAUUAAACGCGAACAUGGUGACGAAGUUGAAGUGGAGCUCGCUGAAACUGGAAAACGUAUGAUGGUUUUGCGUGAUGAUAUACAAAAGAUGAAUCCGCCGAAAUUCGACAAAGUCGAAGAUAUGGCGGAGCUGACAUGUCUUAACGAAGCUUCUGUUUUACACAACAUCAAGGACAGAUAUUAUUCUGGUUUAAUUUAUACUUACUCGGGCCUAUUCUGUGUUGUUGUAAACCCUUACAAAAAAUUGCCAAUCUAUACCGAGAAGAUAAUGGAACGGUAUAAGGGUAUAAAAAGGCAUGAAGUGCCUCCCCAUGUUUUUGCAAUAACCGACACCGCAUAUAGAUCUAUGCUACAAGAUCGCGAAGACCAAUCGAUUUUAUGUACAGGUGAAUCUGGUGCUGGUAAAACCGAAAAUACGAAAAAAGUGAUACAGUAUUUGGCGUAUGUAGCGGCUUCAAAACCAAAAGGCUCGGGAGCGGGACCUCAUCCGGCUUUAAUUAUUGGCGAACUGGAACAACAACUUUUGCAAGCUAAUCCCAUUUUGGAAGCUUUUGGAAAUGCGAAGACUGUAAAAAACGAUAAUUCAUCUCGUUUUGGUAAAUUUAUACGCAUAAACUUCGAUGCGUCGGGUUACAUUUCGGGUGCGAAUAUCGAAACAUACCUGUUGGAGAAAUCUCGUGCCAUUCGCCAAGCGAAGGAUGAACGGACUUUCCACAUAUUUUAUCAAUUACUUGCCGGUGCAUCACCGGAACAACGAGAAAAGUUCAUACUCGACGAUAUCAAAUCAUACCCGUUUCUUUCAAAUGGAAGCCUACCAGUGCCCGGCGUGGAUGAUUUUGCUGAAUUUCAGGCAACAGUUAAGUCUAUGAACAUCAUGGGAAUGACCAGCGAUGACUUCAAUUCUAUAUUCCGCAUAGUUAGUGCUGUACUGUUAUUUGGGUGCAUGAAAUUCCGACAAGAGCGUAAUAAUGAUCAAGCAACGCUUCCAGACAACACUGUGGCUCAAAAGAUUGCUCAUUUACUUGGUUUGAGUGUAACGGAUAUGACAAGAGCCUUCCUAACACCUCGUAUUAAGGUGGGCCGGGAUUUCGUUACAAAAGCCCAAACUAAAGAGCAAGUAGAAUUUGCUGUGGAAGCCAUUGCCAAAGCCUGCUACGAACGUAUGUUCAAAUGGUUAGUAAACCGUAUUAACCGGUCGUUGGAUCGUACCAAACGCCAGGGUGCAUCUUUUAUAGGUAUACUUGAUAUGGCUGGUUUUGAGAUAUUCGAAUUGAAUUCAUUCGAACAGCUUUGCAUUAAUUAUACCAAUGAAAAAUUGCAACAACUCUUCAAUCACACGAUGUUCAUUUUGGAACAGGAGGAAUAUCAACGGGAAGGUAUUGAAUGGAAAUUUAUUGACUUUGGACUAGAUCUCCAGCCAACGAUUGAUUUAAUUGAUAAACCUGGCGGUAUAAUGGCAUUAUUGGACGAAGAAUGUUGGUUCCCAAAGGCUACAGACAAAACGUUUGUGGACAAAUUGGUAUCGGCACAUUCCAUGCAUCCGAAAUUUUUGAAAACAGAUUUUCGCGGCGUAGCUGAUUUUGCUAUUGUUCACUAUGCUGGAAAGGUUGAUUACUCGGCUGCCAAAUGGCUAAUGAAGAAUAUGGAUCCUUUGAAUGAAAAUAUUGUUUCGCUGUUGCAAGCAUCGCAGGAUCCUUUCGUUGUGAAUAUUUGGAAGGACGCUGAAAUUGUGGGCAUGGCUCAACAAGCAUUAACCGACACUCAAUUUGGUGCCCGCACCCGUAAGGGGAUGUUCCGAACUGUAUCACAUUUGUACAAAGAACAACUUGCUAAAUUAAUGGAUACCUUACGAAAUACAAAUCCAAACUUUGUACGUUGCAUUAUUCCAAAUCAUGAAAAGCGUGCUGGCAAGAUAGAUGCGCCUUUGGUUUUAGAUCAGUUACGCUGCAAUGGUGUAUUGGAAGGAAUUCGUAUUUGUCGUCAGGGCUUCCCUAAUCGCAUUCCCUUCCAAGAGUUUCGGCAACGCUACGAACUACUUACGCCGAACGUUAUACCCAAAGGUUUUAUGGACGGCAAGAAAGCAUGCGAAAAAAUGAUUCAAGCUUUAGAAUUGGAUACGAACCUGUUUAGAGUUGGUCAAUCGAAAAUCUUUUUCCGAGCAGGUGUAUUGGCUCAUCUGGAAGAAGAACGUGAUUACAAGAUCACCGAUUUAAUUGUGAAUUUCCAAGCAUUCUGUCGUGGCUAUCUAGCACGCCGCAAUUACCAAAAACGUUUACAGCAGUUAAACGCAAUUCGUAUAAUACAACGAAAUUGUGCGGCAUAUCUGAAGUUACGCAACUGGCAGUGGUGGCGUCUGUACACAAAAGUAAAGCCCUUGUUGGAGGUAACUAAACAAGAGGAGAAACUGGUGCAAAAAGAAGAUGAGCUUAAACAGGUGCGUGAAAAACUGGAUGUUUUGGCCAAAAGCACACAGGAGUACGAACGUAAAUAUCAACAAGCGCUAGAGGAAAAGACCACGUUAGCGGAACAAUUACAAGCUGAAAUUGAACUUUGUGCUGAAGCAGAAGAGUCACGUUCCCGUUUGAUGGCUCGCAAGCAAGAGUUAGAGGAUAUGAUGCAAGAAUUGGAAGCGCGUAUUGAAGAGGAAGAAGAAAGGUCACUUGCACUCGGAGCAGAGAAGAAGAAGUUAGAGCUGAAUAUUCAAGAUCUCGAGGAACAGUUGGAAGAAGAAGAGGCGGCUCGACAGAAAUUACAACUAGAAAAGGUACAGUUAGACGCUAAAAUCAAGAAAUACGAAGAAGAUUUGGCUGUUACUGAUGAUCAAAAUCAGAAGUUGAUAAAAGAGAAGAAAAUACUAGAGGAACGUGCCAAUGACCUUUCUCAAACAUUGGCGGAAGAGGAGGAGAAAGCAAAGCACUUAAGUAAACUAAAAGCUAAGCAUGAAGCUACAAUAGCUGAAUUAGAGGAACGAUUACAUAAAGAUCAGCAACAACGACAAGAAUCCGAUCGUUCCAAGCGUAAGAUUGAAACCGAGGUGGCCGACUUGAAGGAGCAAUUAAAUGAGCGUCGCAUUCAAGUGGAGGACAUGCAAACGCAAUUGGUGAAACGUGAAGAGGAAUUGACGCAAACCUUAAUGCGUAUCGACGAGGAAUCUGCAGCGAAAGCCACCGCACAAAAAACGCAGCGCGAAUUGGAAUCACAAUUGGCUGAAAUUCAGGAAGACUUGGAAGCCGAAAAAGCUGCUCGAGCGAAAGCAGAAAAAAUACGCCGAGAUUUAGGCGAGGAACUGGAGGCACUGAAAAACGAACUCCUAGACUCUUUGGAUACAACAGCUGCUCAACAAGAGUUACGUUCAAAGCGGGAACAAGAACUGGCCACUCUGAAGAAAUCACUAGAAGAUGAGGCAGUCAAUCAUGAAUCAUUUUUAUCUGAAAUGCGACACAAACAUUCCCAAGAACUGAAUGCAAUCAACGAUCAAUUGGAAAACUUGCGCAAAGCAAAAGCAGUGCUCGAAAAAUCGAAGGGCACUUUGGAGGCGGAAAAUGCAGACUUGGCAACUGAACUGCGUAGCGUUAAUAGUUCACGUCAAGAAAAUGAUCGCCGAAGAAAACAAGCGGAAUCGCAAAUUGCUGAACUUCAGGUAAAACUAGCUGAAAUCGAACGUGCCCGAUCAGAACUCCAAGAGAAAUGCACAAAACUGCAACAGGAGGCAGAAAAUAUAACGAAUCAGUUGGAAGAAGCCGAAUUGAAAGCAUCGGCUGCUAUAAAAUCUGCUAGUAAUAUGGAAUCUCUACUGACAGAAGCGCAGCAAUUACUUGAGGAAGAGACGCGGCAAAAGUUAUCGUUGAGCUCAAAACUAAGGCAAUUAGAAUCAGAAAAGGAAGCAUUGCAGGAACAACUAGAGGAGGAUGAAGAAGCGAAACGUAAUUAUGAGCGGAAAUUGGCCGAGUUAACCGCACAAAUGCAGGAUAUUAAGAAAAAGGCAGAAGAGGAUGCAGAUCUGGCUAAAGAGUUAGAGGAGGGCAAAAAACGUUUGAAUAAAGAGCUUGAAGCUCUUGAAAGACAAGUUAAAGAAUUGAUUGCUCAAAAUGAUCGUUUAGAUAAAAGUAAAAAGAAGAUACAGUCGGAACUGGAGGACACAACUAUUGAGUUGGAAGCACAACGUACAAAGGUACUUGAAUUGGAGAAGAAACAAAAGAAUUUCGAUAAAAUACUUGCGGAGGAAAAAGCCAUUUCGGAGCAAAUAGCUCAAGAGCGUGACACUGCGGAGCGGGAAGCCCGGGAAAAAGAAACUAAGGUGCUUUCACUAACUCGUGAAUUAGAUGAAGCUUAUGAUAAAAUCGAAGAUUUAGAAAACAAAAGAAAAGUGCUUCAGAACGAGCUAGAUGAUUUGGCAAAUUCACAAGGUACUGCGGAUAAAAACGUGCACGAGUUAGAAAAGGCCAAACGUGCAUUGGAGUCGCAGCUGGCUGAAUUGAAGGCCCAAAAUGAAGAACUUGAAGAUGAUUUACAAUUGACCGAAGAUGCCAAGUUGCGCUUAGAAGUGAAUAUGCAAGCAUUGCGAUCACAAUUUGAGCGAGAUUUACAAGCGAAGGAAGAGCAGGCGGAAGAGAAGCGCCGUGGUCUUAUUAAACAAAUACGUGAUUUGGAAGCGGAGUUGGAUGAGGAACGAAAACAGCGCACUGCUGCUGUGGCAGCAAAAAAGAAGCUAGAAGGGGACUUAAAAGAGAUGGAAACAACAAUGGAAAUGCAUAACAAGGUCAAAGAGGACGCGUUGAAACAUGCUAAAAAGCUUCAAGCUCAAGUUAAGGAUGCUUUGCGCGAUGCUGAAGAAGCCAAGGCAGCGAAAGAAGAAUUGCAAGCAGCAAGUAAAGAAGCUGAACGUAAAGUUAAAGCUUUGGAAGCGGAGCUACUCCAAUUAACAGAAGAUUUAGCAAGCUCCGAAAGAGCUCGUCGUUCUGCCGAAACCGAACGUGAUGAACUUGCCGAAGAAAUUGCAAAUAACGCAAGCAAAGGUUCACUUAUGAUUGAUGAAAAACGUCGAUUAGAGGCCCGAAUCGCUACGUUGGAAGAAGAACUGGAAGAAGAACAAUCCAAUUCAGAAUUGCUAUUAGAUCGUAGUCGUAAGGCGCAGUUAUCCAUUGAGCAACUUUCGACUGAGUUGGCAAAUGAAAAAUCAAAUUCUCAAAAGAAUGAAAAUACUCGUGCAUUACUUGAGCGCCAAAACAAAGAACUUAAAGCCAAAUUAACUGAGAUUGAAACGGCUCAGCGCACUAAAGUGAAGGCUACAAUCGCAACGCUGGAAGCAAAAAUAGCCAACCUUGAAGAGCAGUUAGAAAAUGAGGGUAAAGAACGCCUUUUGCAGCAGAAGGCCAAUCGCAAAAUGGAUAAAAAGGUUAAGGAGCUAACAAUGAAUAUCGAAGAUGAGCGUCGUCAUGCUGAUCAAUACAAGGAGCAAAUCGAUAAACUCAACAGCCGUAUGAAGCUACUUAAGCGAAAUCUUGACGAAACCGAAGAGGAAUUGCAGAAGGAAAAAACGCAAAAGCGCAAAUAUCAACGCGAGUGUGAGGAUAUGAUUGAAAGUCAAGAAGCAAUGAACAGAGAGAUCAACUCUCUAAAAACAAAAUUAAGACGAGCUGGUGGGGGUAUGGGUUUAAGUUCGAGCCGGUUGACUGGCACACCAUCAUCGUCGAAACGGGGCGAUGAUAGUUCCUCGGUGCAAGAUGAAUCAUUAGAUGGAGAAGACUCGGGCAAUUAAUAUGUUAAUUGGAAGUUAAUUUUUUAAUUGAAUUAAUAUACGAAAGAAAUUUGUAUUUUUUGUUAAAAUCAAACACUCCAUUAUCUGUUGACUAUUGUGAGCAGCAACUAAAAUGUAAAACGUAUUUGAAAAGAGCAUUCACUCUCAUACACAACACAUCAACUCGGACACAUGAAUAAACACAUCGAAAUAUGAAUUGAUUAACGAUUAGAAGCAUUUGUACACUUUUUAUACGCAAUGUCAUUUUAUACAUUUCCUUUUAAGCAUCGACGUACAAUUUACGAGCAAGCAUACCCCAACUUAACAUAACUACAUAAACAUUUUAUACACCUACGAAAUUAAUGAUUAAAUUGAGCCUACAAACGAGUAUUCGAGUAAUUACGGAAAAUUGCAUUUAUACGAUUAAGAUAAAAAUAAAGUAAUAAAAAUAUGGUAACACGGGAA